AUGGACGUCGUCCUCGAGCUCUGCGACACAUACGUCUUCGACCGCAUAUACGCCAGCCUACUACCACUAGCUCCGGCAAACUACGAUGUGAAUGCGACGACAUACGGCGCGGCAGCUGCGUCAGGCGCAGACAGUAGCUUUGCACCUUCGGGAUGGCAAUGGCAGCCUGCCAGCCAGUACUUCAGCAUCCAGCCGAGCGAGUACGCGUAUAUGAGUUCGUGGGAUCGGAGUAAUAUCUGGCGGCAGACCAUUUCGCUCUAUGCGCUGACCUGGUUCUUUGGGAUAACCAUCUACUUCUUCUUCGCCACCCUCUCCUACCUCUUCGUCUUCGACAAGAACACCAUCCACCACCCCAAAUACCUCAAGAACCAAAUCUCCCUCGAAAUCCAACAAACCUGCCGCAGCGUCCCCAUCAUGGCCCUCCUCACCGUCCCCUUCUUCCUCGCCGAAGUCCGCGGGCACAGCUACAUGUACGACUCCGUCGCCUCCGCCCCCUUCACCCACCCCGCCUUCCAGCUCUUCGGCGGCUGGUACAACCUCCUCCAGUUCCCGCUCUUCCUCCUCUUCACCGACUGCGGCAUCUACUGGAUCCAUCGCGCCCUGCACAGCAAGCUCCUCUACAAGCACCUCCACAAACCCCACCACAAGUGGAUCAUGCCCACCCCCUACGCCUCCCACGCCUUCCACCCGCUCGACGGCUACGCGCAAAGCGUGCCCUACCACCUCUUCCCCUUCAUCUUCCCCUUGCAGAAAUUCGCCUACAUCGCCCUCUUCACCUUCAUCCAGAUCUGGACCGUCAUGAUCCACGACGGGGAGUACGUGGCCAACUCGCCCAUCAUCAACGGUGCCGCGUGUCAUACGAUGCACCAUUUGUACUUCAACUACAACUACGGGCAGUUCACGACGCUGUGGGAUCGGUUGGGCGGCAGUUAUCGCCGGCCGAACGAGGAGUUGUUCGAGAAGGAGAAGAAGAUGAGUGCGGAGGAGUGGAAGAGGCAGACGAGCGAGAUGGAGAGGAUGGUUGUUGAGGUGGAGGGCAGCGAUGAUAGGAGUUAUGGGACCGAGGAGCGGGUGAAGAAGGUGCAGUAA